CCAGGGACCAAGGCCUCUCUGUCAUGACCUGAUGACCGCUAACCUCGUUCGUUUUACCCAUUCAGCUUCUGGCUCGGCUUGUGAUCGCCAUCUUGCAUAGCCAUACUAUUAGACAUACAAAGCUUUGGUAGAAUUCAUGUUCCCAUACUUUUUUUGCAUCCUCACCUUCAGCAACAAGUUACAACCACCCCCUUCUUUUUUAUCUUCUUUCUUGACCAAUUUAUUCGUCCCUAGUUGAUCUUCAAUUUAUUUCCCUUCUCCCUCGCCUGGUCUGCACCUAUACCCCAAACAAACACAUCACCAACAAUGUCCCCUACGCCAUCAUCAGUAGACAACCCGGCCCUCCAGGGCCCGGCCUUCCAACGGCUACCGCCCUGGGUCAAGGCCAAGUUGUCGCCUCUGGCCAUCGAGAAGAUCCAGGCUGUCUACGACUGGGUCGAGAAUGAGUGCAUUCCCCGCGAGCAGAUCAUGAAGGCACAGCUGGAAGGCCGCCGCUGGACAACCCCUCCCUUGAUGCACGAGCUGCGGGAGAAGGCAAAGGAACGCGGUCUCUUUAAUCUGUUCUUGCCCAACCACUUUGCCGAGAGCCCCGGCUUGACCAACCUGGAGUACUCGUGCUGUGCUGAGAUUAUGGGCCGGUGCUACUGGGCUGCUCAGACCAUGAACUGCCACGCUCCCGAAACCGGCAACAUCGAACUACUGGCCAAGUACUGCACCCCCGAACAGAAGAAGAAGUGGCUGCAGCCUCUGCUCGACGGCACCGCCGCGUCGGCCUACUCCAUGACGGAGCCCGACGUCGCCAGCUCGGACGCCACUCAGAUCGGCAUCUCCGUGCGGCGCGAGGGCGACGAGUACGUCAUCAACGGCCGCAAGCUGUACGGCAACUGCCUCUGGAACAAGGAGCUGAGCUUCUACAUCCUGAUGGGCUGCUCGGACCCGAACCACCCGAACAAGUGGUCGCGCCACACCACGCUCAUCGUGCCGUGCAACACGCCGGGCAUCACGCAGGUGCGCAACCUGACCAUCAUGGGCUACGACCACGCGCCCGAGGGCCACGGCGAGUACCGCUACGACAACGUGCGCGUGCCGGCCGAGAACGUCAUCCUGGGCGAAGGGCGCGCCUUCGAGAUCGCCCAGGGCCGCCUGGGCCCCGGCCGCAUCCACCACUGCAUGCGGCUGAUCGGCCAGACCGAGCGCGCCUACGAACUGGCCCUGCUGCGGUGCAACGACCCGCGCAAGAAGCCCCGCGGCAAGCUGAUCGGCGAGUUCGACUCCAACAUUGAGCGCAUCGCCCAGAUGCGGCUCGAGCUGGACGCCAUGCGCCUCGUUGUCCUGAACGCCGCUGACACCAUGGACCUCCAUGGCAACAAGGCCGGUAAGCGAGCCAUCGCCCAGAGCAAGAUCCUGGUGCCCGAGGUCGCGUGCAAGAUCAUCGAUGAGUGCAUGCAGAUCUACGGUGGUCAGGGCCUCACCCAGCACACCCCGCUGCCCGAGAUGUGGACCUACGCCCGUUUCGUCCGCGUGGCCGAUGGCCCCGAUGCGGCGCACAGGCAUCAGGUUGGACGGGAGGAGAUGAAGUCGGCGGAAGCGUUCCGGAAGCGUCACCAGGCGUAUCAGGAUCAGUAUAAGAAGUUGGCGGAGCAGUAUGGGGAGAAGUAUAUUUCUUUUGACUAGAUAUUGGGUAUCUGCAUAUAUGUUUAGAGGGCU